AUGGGUUUACCUGAACUUAACUUCCUUCGAAAAAACUGCAUACUUGUGGAGCUGAAAUUAUUUUACCAAACAUUGUAUCCACCCAAGGAACUAUAUUGGAGCCACCGAAUAACUAGCGAAUUGAGCAGAUUCUCCGACAUUAAGUACGCAAGGCCAACGUUUGCAGUGAACAAUGGCACAUUUCAGAGAACAAGACCAAAAUUAGACUUGAUAUUAGCUUCAUCUGAUAUUCAUAAACUGGCUACGGUUUUAUUCAGUUUAAGAGCGCUCGUAAUGAAUACGAAGGAUGAGGAAUCCGCAGUAACUAUGACUACUGGCGUCCGAACGAACGAGGGGAAAAGUGGUGACUUGGAACAGAAAUACUCAAGUCUGCUAAAUAGAUGGAAUGGGGGCAUUGAAGCGAAUGAUUCGCCCUUCUUUCAGCUCCAACUGAACAGUAACCUAUUGUUUUCCAGGAGGCCAAUACGUUAUGUUAGCACUACAGAAGACAAAGAUGUGGACAUAUCUAGUGAAGAGUUCUUCACACUACAGGAAGAACAGCACCUAAGAAGUGAGGCUGUUUUGGUUGACGAACAUUCUCAAACGUCAGUCGGGAUAAGAGAUGGUCAAUACGGGCCAAAUAUAAUUCACUUCGAACCUUCGGUGUACUAUUCGUAUUAUUCUCUACCGCUAAGUAUGAAACUUUGGUUAAAUGGCCUAGAGGACACCGAAACAACAAUGAUGGAAAUUAGGGAGAAGUCUGCUGAAAACCUGGAUAUAUUAUUAUAUGGUUUCAAAGGAUUUCCAAACAAGUACGACAAAAGAUAA